AUGGCUUUAGAACAAUCAUUAGCAGCAUUAUCAUUAGCAACUGUUUCGUCAGAAUCUGCAGUUUCAACUAAGACUUUGGUUUUCAAGCCUAAGACGGCUAAGAGCGCUACACCAGUACCAGUAGUUGUUUUCGCUUUACAAAGUACACAAACACCAUCUCCGGUUAUUGCUAAGGCCGCUGGAGUCAAGGAACCAAGAUUGGCAAAGGACGACUUGGUGACGGAAUUUUUCACUGUUUCGGCCAAGGAAGUGUCAAUUGCGAACUUACACAAGGACUUAGCAGGUAAGAUCAAGCUUGUUGUCGAUGAGAACAUCACCAAAGCUUCAGACGAUACAGUUUUAGAAUUAUCUACUGCAUCUGCCAAGGCCAGCAUCUCCGCGAAGGUUCUUAACGAGUACAUUGCUUCUACUGGCAUUGAGGUGGUUUCAGUCGAUUUUUCAGCCGAACAAGCUGCUGCCCCAGCUGCUGACACCUCUAAGAAGGAUGCUUUGAAGAAGGAAAAACAAGCAGCCAAGCUUGAAGAUGCAAAGUUGAUCGGUAUCACUGUUGAUAAGGCAAAGGAUUUCUCUUCCUGGUACUCUCAAAUUGUCACCAAAGGUGAAAUGUUGGACUACUAUGACGUCUCUGGUUGUUACAUUUUAAGGCCAAACUCUUACUCUGUCUGGGAAACUAUUCAAGAAUGGUUUAAUUUACGUAUCAAGAAGAUGGGAGUUCAAAAUUCAUACUUCCCAAUGUUCGUCUCUUCUAGGGUUUUGGAAAAGGAAAAGGAUCACAUCGAAGGUUUUGCUCCAGAAGUAGCCUGGGUUACUCGUGCUGGUAACUCUGAAUUAGAUGAACACAUUGCCAUUAGACCUACGUCCGAAACUGUUAUGUAUCCAUAUUAUGCUAAAUGGAUUAGAUCUCACAGGGACUUGCCAUUGAAGUUGAAUCAAUGGAAUUCUGUUGUUAGAUGGGAAUUCAAGCAUCCACAACCAUUUUUAAGAACCCGUGAGUUCUUAUGGCAAGAAGGUCACACUGCUCAUUUGACCAAGGAAAGUGCUGCUGAAGAAGUUGAACAAAUUUUGGAUUUGUAUGCUGGUAUCUACGAAGAAUUAUUAGCCGUUCCUGUUGUUAAAGGUAAAAAGACCGAAAACGAAAAAUUCGCUGGUGGUGAUUAUACUACUACUUGUGAAGGUUUCAUUGCUGAAACUGGUAGAGGUAUUCAAGGUGCCACUUCCCAUCACUUAGGAACCAACUUUUCUAAAAUGUUUAACAUUUCUGUUGAAAACCCAGAAGGUGCUGACAAGCCAAGAGUCCAUGCUUUCCAAAACUCUUGGGGUUUAUCUACCCGUGUCAUUGGUGUUAUGGUUAUGACUCAUUCAGACAACAAGGGUUUAGUUUUACCUCCUCGUGUUGCCCAAACCCAAGUUGUAGUUAUUCCUGUUGGUUUGACUGCUAAGACCCCCGAUGAGCAAAGAAAGGCCAUCAAUGAUGGAGCAGCUAAUAUAGAACAUAUUUUGAAGCAGACUGAUGUCAGGGUUACUGGGGAUUAUAGGGAUAACUAUUCUCCUGGGUGGAAAUUCUCAAACUGGGAAUUGAAGGGUACUCCAUUACGUUUAGAAUUCGGACCUAAAGAUUUAGCUUCUGAACAAGUUACCGCUGUUAGACGUGAUAACAGCCAAAAAUACUCCGUCAAAUUAAACGAAUUAGAAAAACGAAUCCCAGAAAUUUUACAAGAAAUGCAAGUUGGAUUAUUAGAGAAGGCUCGUAAAGACUUUGACGAGCACCGUGUUAUGGUUCAUGAAUGGAAAGACUUUGUCCCAACAUUAAAUGCUAAGAAUGUCAUUGUUUCCCCUUGGUGUGGUGAUGGUGAUUGUGAAGAUGAUAUUAAGGACUCGUCUGCUAAGAAAGAUGAUGGUGAAGAAGAAGAGGUCGAUGAAAAAUCACCAUCUAUGGGUGCAAAAUCAUUAUGUAUUCCAUUUGACCAACCAGAAUUAAAGUCAGGCCAAAAGUGUGUUAAGUGUGAUAGACCAGCAGUGACUUACUGUAUGUUCGGUAGAUCAUAUUAG